AUGACGACGACGAUCGCCUCGGCGACCGGUCCGACGAAGACGACUCCGCUCGUCACUCCUAGAGUGUGCUUCUCCUUUGCGGCCUACGCCAAGGCGGUCGUUGCGCACCUCCGCGCUUCCGGCGUCCCCAUCGCCCCCGGCCUCUCCCACGACGAGUUCGCCGCAGUCGAGUCCGCCUACCGCUUCGAGUUCCCCCCAGACAUCCGUUCCAUUCUCCGCGAGGGCCUCCCCGUCGGCCCUGGCUUCCCCAACUGGCGCUCUGCCUCGCGGCAGCAGCUCCGCCUCCUCCUCGGCCUCCCAACCGCCGCAAUCCUCCGCGAGGUCUCCGCCGGGGACUUCUGGCCCACUUCGUGGGCGCCCCGCCCUGAGAACCCCAGUUUCUCUUCCGAUGCGAGGGAAUUCCUCCGCCGCGCCCCGACGCUGGUCCCUAUUUACCGGCAAUUCUACAUUCCGGCGUCGCCCUGCCUCGCCGGAAACCCGGUCUUCUACGUCCGUGGAGGAGACGUGAAGCUUGCGGGGCUGGACCUAGCGGACUUCUUCCGGACGGAGCGGCCGCGAGGCUGGGCUGCAGGCGCACCGGUGCCGGCGUGGGCGGCGACGUCCGCGAGGAGGGUGGACUUUUGGACGGAUCUGGCCGAGGAGGCCGCGUGGCGGGAGAGGGAACGAAUCUGCUCGCCGUGGGAGGCGAGGGUGGAGCAGCUGCUACAGGAGGCGAGGCAGCGGCUGAAAGAAGCCGGGUGGGCCGAAGAGGAGGUGGCGGAAAUGAUCUCACCGGCAUCGGACGCUCCAGCCGUCGGUGACUCCCCGUGCUCAGAGAUAAGGGGCGAGGGCGGCGUGCUGCGCCACGUGAAGCUUCUCUCCCUUGCGUUGCUCCGCGGCGGUUGGAGCGCCGGCGAGGUGGUGGAGUCAAUGGGGUGGACGACGAAGAGAGCGGCGGCCGGAGAGGCGGAACACAAAUCGAUCAGCGCGUCUAAGCGACCCGAAUCAAAAUGGCUCUUUUUCGAAUUAAAAAAAUAA